AGUUCAGCUGAAAAAUAGUAAGAGAUAAGUAUAUUUAAAGGUAGGGUAGGUGAUUUCUGAGAGGCUUGCAAUAGCAAGCUUUAAAAGCAUAAGAUUCCACCCUCCCUGCAAAUCACUCUCCAAAGCCACGCCUCCUCCAAAACACAUGAACAGUUAACAAAGUAAAAAUGAAGCAUGUAGUCAGAGAUGGUGUGAUUGAAUGGAGGCGGGGACUAAUUUAAAUAUUCAUGAAAUUGUGUAUACUAAAUGAGAUAAGGGUGCAGAGUUAUAUUCAAGGCAUGAAGAAAUUAUUUUCAUGAGACAAAUGUUUAAAUAUGCCAUUUUGAUUGAGUUUUAAGGGUUAAAAUGAGUGACUACAGGGGAAAAUGUCUCUUUUUAGAUGAUCCAGUGUAUUAACUUGAUGAACAAACCAAAUUGUGCUGAAACCCUAAAACAACAACUUGCUUGCAAACUUUUUGGAAUCUCCAAAAUAUUAAAAACUGUUACAGAAUGACGUCUUAACGUGUUUUAUAACAGUCCUGCUGCAAGGCGUACAUGGGGUACAUUAUGGAGAAGGAGCAGUACCCAACCCUAGUAUCGGCUACAAGCUCGCGUUCAAUUACCUGAAGGCCAAGAGACACGUGGAUGCUAUAGAUGUGCGCCAUAAAGUUUUGGACGCACACCCCUACUAUCCACGCAUCAGGAAGGACAUCUUGGACAAAGCAAGAGCAGCUUUAAGAUCAUGACAGAAGGACUGCGAGAUUCAAGGCGAAGCGACGCAGGGGGAAGUUAAAUCUCCAAAGCUCUUUAUGAAGUCCAUGUGCACGGGGACACGGUGAUUAAAAUCCUCAGGCUGAGCAUGUCUGAAUGAAGCACAUGUGGCGCUUACGCACGCGUCACGCAAGUCCCGCCCCCUUUACCUGAGAGACGCGCACCUGGAUCCAACGACGCGGAAGUCCGGAUGAGGUGACUACACUUUGACAUCGCCGUGGUCAGCACUUCUACUGCGGGACAGUCGCUGUGGCAGUUCAAAACUCUUUUGGAUAUGAACUUAAACGAUAUUUAAACGCAAUCGGUUUGACAGGCGGUGAUGUUACACACAGGGUGUGUGUCAGGUGAAGCAUUGUUUCUCACACUCUGAGUGCCGGCUUCGCCUCAAAAGAAUGACGUUCUUCCGCAGGCUUCUGCGCAGGCGGCUGCACCCAUGGAAGCUGGCCAUAGUGGCGCUGGUGUUCGUGACGUUCCUGUUUCUGAUGCAGCGAGAGGUGGUCAGUCAGAACCCCCAGGACGAACCCUGGCUCAAAGAGAUUGUGGAGAAACGGGACGGCGUUCUCGAGAUGGUCAUGGGUGCGGUGAACAACCUCCGGGACGCUAUGCCCAAGAUGCAGAUAAAAGCUCCGGUGAGGAAGCAGGAGAGCCAGGGCAGUCCGGCCUGUCUGUCCGGAUACUACACGGCCGCUGAGCUCCGACCGGUCCUUGAAAGACCACCGCAAAACCCCACUGCCCCAGGGGCUUCUGGGAAGGCUUUUCACACUGACAAUCUGAGCUCGUCGGAGCAAAAAGAAAAGGAGAGGGGAGAAGAGAAGCACUGCUUUAACUUGUACGCCAGCGAUCGGAUCUCACUGAGCAGAGACCUUGGCCCUGAUACGAGACCUCCAGAAUGCAUCGAACAGACAUUCAGACGCUGUCCACCCCUGCCGACCACAAGUGUGAUCAUCGUCUUCCACAACGAGGCGUGGAGCACGUUACUGCGGACCGUCUACAGCGUCCUGCACACCUCCCCUGCUCUGCUGCUCAAAGAAAUCAUCCUCGUGGAUGACGCCAGCUCUGACGAGCGACUAAAGGACGAACUGGACGAGUAUCUGGAACAGCUGCACAUCGUUCGCGUGGUCCGUCAGCGAGAACGAAAAGGCCUGAUCACUGCGAGGCUCCUCGGGGCCUCUGUGGCCUCGGGCGAAACUCUCACCUUCCUGGAUGCCCACUGUGAAUGUUUCCACGGAUGGCUUGAGCCGCUGCUGGCCAGGAUAGCGGAGAACUCCACCGCUGUAGUGAGUCCCGACAUCACCACCAUUGACCUGAACACGUUUGAGUUCAUGAAACCCUCACCGUACGGACAGCAUCACAACCGGGGGAAUUUUGACUGGGGCCUUUCUUUUGGUUGGGAGACGCUUCCGGAUCAUGAGAAACGGAGACGCAAAGAUGAGACGUACCCUAUUAAGACGCCAACGUUCGCAGGAGGACUGUUCUCCAUUUCCAGAGAUUAUUUCUACCAUGUAGGAAGCUAUGACGAGGAGAUGGAGAUUUGGGGAGGAGAAAAUAUUGAAAUGUCCUUCAGGGUUUGGCAGUGUGGCGGGCAGCUAGAAAUCAUCCCCUGUUCAGUCGUGGGCCACGUGUUUCGCACAAAGAGUCCGCACACCUUCCCUAAGGGCACGCAGGUGAUCGCUCGCAACCAGGUGCGUCUGGCUGAGGUCUGGAUGGACGACUAUAAAGAGAUCUUCUACCGGAGGAACCAGCAGGCCGCUCAGAUCGCCAAAGAGCGCUCUUUUGGAGACGUCUCCAAGCGUGUAGGUCUCCGGGACAAACUCCAGUGUAAGAGCUUUUCCUGGUUUUUGAAGAACGUCUAUCCGGAGGUCUUCAUGCCCGAUCUCAACCCGCUGCAGUUUGGCGCGAUAAAGAACGUGGGGAAGGAGGCCUGCUUGGACGCGGGAGAGAGUAAUGAGGGAGGGAAACCUCUCAUUAUGUACCCCUGCCACGGGAUGGGAGGAAACCAGUAUUUCGAGUACUCGACCCAUCACGAGAUCAGGCACAACAUUCAGAAGGAGCUCUGUUUGCAUGGGACGGAUGGAGUUGUCAAAUUAGAGGAGUGCCAGUAUAAAGGUCACAACACCAUCACAGGACCUCAGCAGAGAUGGGAGCUCAGAGAGGAUCAGCUGUUCUAUAACAAGGGCUCAAAGCAGUGCCUGACCGCUCGACAUGAGAACCCUUCUCUAGUGCCCUGCAAUCCAGCCGACAAGUACCAGCUCUGGGUCUUCACAUGAAGGGCGGAACCAGUGACACACACACACACACACACACACACACACACACACACACACACACACUCUCAGGGUCCAAAACUUAACUUCUUGCUACAGCUGCCAAUGAAUCCAGGAAGGUUUACCUGCCAAAAUUAUUUCUUACUGGCCAUGAAACUCGUUUACAGUAUUUUUUAUAAAAAUACAUUGACAAUUAAUUACAGAGCAUAUUUCGACGAACAGUGCAACUCAUUUGCUCUGUCCCAAAACCUACAUAGAAGCUGCCUUCUUAGGGAGCAUCCUGAUGGUCGUGGAACCUCAGAAGUGACUGAUUUGUAACGCUCUACACAUGGAGACUUGACAGGGUGCAACAGUGCCUGUCCACUUUUUCAGUAUCCUUCAUUCUAGAAGUGUUUACCCCAUACAUUUUUCAGAUUUUAAACAGUCUCCGAGGUGAAUCUCAUUACAAACUUAGGUUUGUACUAAAAAAAGUUUAGAAAUCAGACAAAAAGACGAAGGUUCUAGACUGUAUACUUAAUCUUGUCACAGUUCUCCGAUUGUAGGAGAUUACUCUGCAGAAUCAUGUAAUCUAUUUUAUUUUAUUUUUUUUUUUUUUGACCAGGAAUUUCACUAUUUAAAAAAGUUAAAAUAAGUUUACAUAAUUUAAAUAGUUUAAAUAAUGCAGACUUAUUAUUUCAACAAAAGCAUAUGAGCAUAAAAACACAAGAUAUUGUUAAUCAUUAAUAUUAACAUAAUAAACUUUUCUGCAUUUGAAAGGUUCCAUGGAUGCCCAAGGUUCUUCAUAGAACCAUUGAUGCCAUUAAAGAACCGUUAUUUUUAAGAGUGUAUAUGAAUGGAAUUUUUACUGUUGCACUGUACAGAUUGUUCAAUAGAGUUUGUGUUUAGCAGAAAAAGUAUUGUUCAAAACGAGUGUUUUCAAUUAGAUUUGAACUGUUUUAUCUGAUUCGUUUGGUAUUGGACGGUUUAUAAGUAUAUCUGGGAAUUCCUUAAAAAUAUAUUAAAACAAAGAUGCCAAAAAUUUUAAUGUGAAGGGCCAAUAUCUAACUUGUCUGAGAGCCAAAAGUAAUUGUUGCAGUAUAUCCAACUAUAUGAUAUUAAAAUGUAUUAAAUUUUUAAGUAAAGAAAAAUGUAAAAAAUUUACUUUUUUUUUAAUAAAAUCACUUUGUCUUUUUUUAUUCCAAUGCAAAAAUAAAACAAACAAUAACAAAAAAUCUUAAAACAAUAAUAUAAGAAAUGAAAAUAUUCUUCAUUUGCAUGUUUUGUUUUGUUUUUCACCUAUUUUUUAAUAUAUAUUUUUAUAUCAUCCUCUUCUGAUAUAGCGUGGCGGACCAAAUCAAAGUCAUUACAGACCAAACUGUGGGCAUCUUUGCAUUACAAGUAUUAGAAACGUGACCAGAAUCAUUGAAUUCUCAUCCUUAUUUAUAAUUAACAUUUAUCUUAACUCAUUCACCAUCUAAGAUUUUUUUUCACAGACCGUCUUGCAGUGCAUAAUGGGAUUGCCUUCCUUUUCAACAGAUGCUUUUUAUGAUUUAUGAUCAGAUGAACAUACGAUCAGUCUCACAGUCACAGUUAAACUCAGUAAUAUUGCGGAUCUUUAUAAAGUCAUAGAUGAACCAUGUGUUAUUUACCUGCCAAAGCAAAUUUUUUAUUUGUGUCUGAUGCAUUGCAAGUGUUAAUUUUGGACCCUGAACACACAUAAGCACAAAUUACCGGACAGAGUCUUCUGUAUGACACAGACCUUUUAUUUAUUUUUGUAUGUGGAAGAUAUUGCUUCUGGAGAAGUUGGAAUAUCUAUAAGACCAAAAACAGAGCACAUAUAGACAUUCCUGGCUGUAGGGGCCGAGGCACGUGCAGUGACGUGAAGUUUUUCUCUCCAUUUCACUCCAUUUUGUCUGAAGGACUACAGGACAUGUGUCCUCACGCGGUGACCUUUCUAGUUUUUAUACCCGAUGAGCUCAAUCACAGUGAUGCUGAGUAUCAACUGCAUUCUCUGAAUGGACUGCAGAUUACGGACGUCUUCUAUAAUUCUCCAAAUAAUUGAAUGCAACAUGCAGAUUUCACAGCACCAAAGACUUCCUGAAAGCAUUUGCUUCAUAUUCACUUUUCACAGAGUGAGUUUGUUCUUUUCUUUUUUCUUUAAAUGUAGCGAAACAAAGCUCUGCAACACAUUUUCUGCUCUGUAACUUAUUAAAAAAAGAAUAUUCUGUUGUAAUUUAAGAUGAAUUUCUAUAAAAUGGUUCAGCAGCCUUUCAGAAAUAGGUUUUGGUCAAACUGAGACACAGCUGACAACUUUUCAGUGAGGAUUGACAAUUUACAUGAGGGUGUAAACUAUUAUUAAGUCAACAUUUUGGUAGUAUUAGCGAAAAAAAAAACUAGAUUUAUCACAAAGUAAAACAAUAUUUUGAACAAAACACAUUUUGUUUGAAACAUUAGAGCAGAAAAUGGAAUAUUAUCAGUUUUUUAUUUUAGAAGUGCAGCAACAUGAUAAAAAUGACAUUCACUAAAACAGUAAAAUUAAUGUUCAUGUAAAAGAAAACUGGGUUUCACCCUAUAAAAUUAACGUUUAAUACUUUAUACAGUAGAAUAAAACAUGAUGGAGACAUGAAAAUGUGUUGCAUAGCAGGAAUGAUGCUCAUUACUGGUCAAAUAAUUUAAAUGGAAUUUCUGUGGGAUGGUUUUAUGUUUUUAGCCAUUUAAACCAUUGUUUUGUUUUAAAUAUGAAUUUAAAUAUGUUGUGUUUUAUUAGAUGCUACUUUUGUAUAUUUUGACAUGAUGUUGAACAUUGUGAAUAUUUGAUUAGAGUAACAUACAGUAAGCCUGAAGGCACAGUAUCACACAGUGAAUGACAGACACUGGCAGUAGAGGGCGCUGUUAUACAAGCAUCUGCCUUCAGAACAUUCAGUCUUGACAUGAAGAACAGAAUAAACAGCAAAACAUCAGGAAAGAAACCUAUUUUUAAAAAUUACAUCAGGUGUUUACAUCGAUCAGAAGAUUCACAAAUUUGGUUUAUGAACCACUGUUCCAUAAUAAUGCCAUGAAGUGAUGCAGAUUAAUUGUCUCUGCUUAGAAUAUAUUUUGUAACGACAACAAAAAAAGUAAUUAAUUUUUGUAAGAGUGUUUCAGAAUUACAGAAAAGAAACUAAGAGUUCCUAUUAAAGAUGGAGAAAUGUAA